AGCUUGGAAUCCUGGGACAACUUUCCACGAUCCACGAAGACCCACCUGGGAGAGCCGCGCGCGCCGUCCCCAAGCGCAGGGACUAGCAGGCUAGCUUUGCGGGGCAGGUAAAGUUACAACUACAACUCCCGGCAAGCUUGGCGGCGGCGUUUUCCCACAGCUCGGGGGGAGGAAGAGGAGGAGGAGGUGGCGGCGGCUGCGAGGAGCCCGAGCCGAGCGGGUGGGUGGAGAAAGCAGCGAAGUCUCUCUCGCGAAAGCGAGGCGAGGCGGAGGAAUCCCACAAUACCAGGCGGGUUGGGGAAGCUUGUGGCGCUCCCGCUGUCUCUUUAAUGCAAGAGGAAGCGAUGAGGAGGGGAGGAAAAUGGCAGAGCUGCAGAUGUUACUAGAAGAGGAAAUCCCUUCUGGCAAGCGGGCUUUGCUCGAGAGCUACCAGAACCUCACCAGGGUCGCCGACUACUGCGAGAACAACUACAUCCAGGCUCCAGACAAAAGGAAAGCAUUAGAAGAGACCAAAGCAUACACCACUCAAUCUUUAGCCAGUGUUGCUUAUCAGAUCAAUGCACUGGCAAACAAUGUGCUCCAACUACUGGACAUCCAAGCGUCACAGCUCCGGAGAAUGGAGUCCUCAAUCAAUCAUAUUUCCCAGACGGUGGACAUACACAAAGAGAAAGUGGCCCGUAGAGAGAUCGGCAUUUUGACAACCAAUAAGAACACAUCCAGAACUCAUAAAAUCAUUGCACCAGCAAACAUGGAGCGUCCUGUAAGGUAUAUUCGAAAGCCUAUAGACUACACAAUGUUGGAUGAUGUGGGCCAUGGUGUAAAGCAUGGAAACAAUCAGCCUGCAAGAACUGGCACUUUGUCAAGAACAAAUCCGCCUACACAAAAACCACCAAGUCCUCCUAUGUCAGGCCGGGGAACUCUGGGACGGAACACUCCUUACAAGACAUUGGAGCCAGUUAAACCGCCAACAGUCCCUAAUGAUUAUAUGACCAGUCCUGCAAGACUCGGGAGCCAGCACAGUCCAGGAAGAACAGCCUCCUUGAACCAGAGGCCUAGAACACACAGUGGCAGCAGUGGAGGAAGCGGCAGUCGAGAAAACAGUGGAAGCAGCAGUAUUGGCAUUCCCAUUGCCGUGCCUACACCUUCACCACCAACCAUUGGGCAAGCUGCUCCUGGGUCAGCCCCUGGUUCCCAGUAUGGCACAAUGACCAGGCAGAUUUCCCGACACAACUCUACCACUUCUUCGGCCUCUUCUGGUGGAUUUAGGCGGAACCCUUCUGUGACUGCUCCAUUUUCUGCUCAACCUCAUGUUAACGGCGGGCCUCUCUAUUCUCAAAAUUCAAUUGCUGAUAGUCCAACUCCGCCACCGCCACCGCCGCCAGAUGAGAUGCCUAUGUUUGAUGACUCGCCGCCCCCACCCCCUCCGCCCCCAGUGGAUUAUGAAGAUGAGGAGGCUGCAGUAGUGCAGUAUAAUGAUCCGUAUGCAGACGGCGAUCCCGCUUGGGCACCUAAAAACUAUAUUGAGAAAGUUGUUGCCAUAUACGAUUACUCAAAAGACAAGGACGAUGAGCUGUCAUUCAUGGAAGGUGCAAUCAUUUAUGUUAUAAAGAAGAAUGAUGACGGCUGGUAUGAAGGAGUGUGCAACCGAGUGACUGGCCUGUUUCCUGGAAACUAUGUUGAAUCAAUCAUGCAUUAUGCGGAUUAAAAGUACUUUCUUCAGGUCAGGUCUUGUAUUCAAUCAUGCCAUAAUUAUUUACAAAGGGUAACUAAAAGGUUAACAGUUGUCUUAAUGCUCUCUUUUAAAAAAAGAUGUGCCCAUCCUUUCAGGCCAUACUGUUUAAAUGGUAUGAUUGAAUGUUCAUCCGUAAGCAUUUGUCUCUGCAGUUUGUAAAACAAGCAACUGUUUUAUUACUGAUUAUGCUUAUUUACUUAUGCAUUGUUGAUUUUUAUGACCAGCCUAAAUAUUCUGGGGAAGUAGGGUAUAUAAUAUUUAAUGACUCAUGAUUCAAAUUGUGCCAUUUCUUAUUUUUUUCCUUCCGUGCAGCAUGGUAAACUAACAAUGAUGUUAGACUAACAUUAAAAAUCUGGUCAAAAAGUUUGAUAGUGCUGGUCAUCUACCUUUGUUUAGACUCUUGCUCAUCCUCAACCUAUAGUAUUUGUUUAAAAGCAUGCAUACAAACUUAUGUAUUGAAUUAUCCUUUUUUUCAAAAAUCCAAGAUGCUUCCAAUUUGUUGUAAUCUUUUAUCUGGAGUACUUUUACUAAAAGUUUAUUCCGGAGAGUCAUUUGAGUCUCUAAGGUGUCCAUGUGAAUCAAAGAUGGGUGGUCUUAUGAUGUAUGUGUAAUUUGUACCUGAGUUUUUUUAAAUGAGUAAAUUUGCAUUGACUUUUCCAUUCAUAAAUACAUAAGUGAACCAAAGGUCUUGUCCAUUACUUUGUUGGCUUACCUUGGCAAAGCAAUAUUAGUGUGUUGGCCUUCCCCUAUCAGCUGGGUUGCUAGCUUUUAACGCAAGUCAAGGACUUGACAUCCCAUGACCAGGAAAAUCAAAUUCAUGCAAGUUUACCAUGACUGUAAUUACACACACAACUGUUUGACUGCAAUUAUUAUUACAGGAACUGGCUCAACAUUGUUACCUUUGACAUUGGCUAGUCACCAUUUUAAAUUGCGGAAGCACAGAACUGGUAGAGAGGGAAACACGCUUAUAGGGUGGGCACAUUUUUAAGGGGAGCAGUCUUAGCCAGGGGGAAUUGCACUUGGAUCUUUUAACAGACAUGAACUGGGGAUCUUCGUUGCCUCCUUCCCCUUGCCUUAAGGCAUGAUUAGAGCUGAACAAGAGAUGCCAGGCUGGUGCCUCUUUCUCUACCUCCUGCCUCUAUCAUAUUACUUCAUGCGAAGCAAUGUGCAUGUGUGUUGGGAGGAAAUGCACCCCUAGGAGUUAUUUGUGGAUCCUUCCAGUCCCUGAAAGUACUUUUUUGCUUUGAUAGUUGUUCAUCCACACAGACUUAUGGGACACAACUGUUUGCCUGUCAAAUGGAGUGACCCAUGGAAUAACCCUAGUGGCUGUGGUCAUGAAGUGGUUGGUGUACGUUUCAGGAGACAAACCAUUAAGAUUAGGUACACAUUCAACAGCUUCCAGAAUGUGAAAGAACAAUCCUAAAAUGACUAUUUUAACAAGUCACUUAAUGCCUUGUCUGCUUAAGACUAUGAAGAUCUUGUGUCCUGCUGAAAGUUUUUUUUUUAAAAAUUGCCUGUCUGGGGGGAAUCUUUGCUACUGAUUUGUCCACAGCACUGUAUUUCAAAAGCAUACUCACACAACCAUCCAUGAAUACAGACUCUAUGGGCAGCCUAAAGGGAGACCAGUCUUGCAUGAGAGAUAAUGCUGGAUCCAAGCUUCCUCUGGGAAGGCCUCCCACCCACUUCUACAGGGAAACACACUGACUUAUUCUUAGAAAAACAACACAUGCACUUUCGACAUGUUCCCCCUCCCCACUGAGCAUGAGGUCAGAUGACAUGUCCAGUCUCAGCUUGUAUAAAACUUGUAUUACAUAGAUUAUCUAAGGCAGAACGAUUUAGUGAGGGGAUUACUGUAUGUAGUGAAGAUUUAUUUUGGAAUUUAAGCACUGGCCUUCUGGGUAUUAAACACUUACAUGGUGAGAAAUCAGGUACAUUGGACAUGUGAUUGGUUGCAGUUAUCGCUCAUUUUCUAGUGACAUUAAAUAUUGAAACAUUCCCUUGCCUUCUUACCUUAAAUGAACCUAAUUUUAUUAAAUGCUUUCUUGCUUUUUCGUAUUUGUUCAUUUGUAAUUUUCUGAAAUCAUCAUUAGCAACUAGUAAAACCUAUCUGUAUUUCAUUUAUAAACUGGAACAGCUUCUUUUAAUUUGUAUAUAUAACCUGUUUAAUUACAAAAUUUAUGUACAGUCUUUUAUAAUAAACCAGUCUCCUUUAA